UUAAAAGGCUCCUUGCGCUUGUGAUAUUGGAUGCGUUCGCUUUAAACGUCAGUUUUUUUCUUUAUUUGUGCUUUAAAUGUAGAACAAAGACGGACUAACGUUCUAAAGCGCGUGAGUCCGCGCGUCUCUACGUAAACAGAUCUUAUACAUGAGAUUGUCCUCUAAGUUUGUCUUCAGAUAAACUCUGCGUCUGAGUGAGACGCAGGUCCCAUCUACAUCUCAACAUCACACGUCUCGCGCGAAUUCUCCGGAUUGUUAAAAAUCAAAAAACGGAAUCGCUAAUUUACUUGCGAUUGGUUGAUCUUUCGCUCUGCUUUUUUCCAUUCUCUCGUUUUCUCAGACUAAAGGUACAACAUGUGAUCGCAUCACGAGUGUAGAAAAGUGCACUCGUACUAUCGCGAACUGGUAGUGCCCUCGUUACGUCAAUUCUAGAAGCUAAAUAAUUCAAACACACAUGUGGUUUCACGUGUUGUAUGUCUUCGAAAAAAAAAAUAUUCGUUUGACGUUAAUGAGAGAAACAUGAAGUUCUCGUACAAGUUCAGUAAUUUAUUUGGCACAGUUUACCGCAAAGGAGACUUGGUCUUCACCCCUGAUGGAUCCUCGAUUAUUAGUCCUGUGGGCAACAGAAUUACAAUUUUUGAUUUAAAAAACCAUAAGUCCAUAACGUUGCCUGUGGAGAGCAGAUUUAAUUACAUUACUAUAGAUAGAUCGCCAAAAGGCAACAUUUUAAUUGCCAUCAAUACAGAUGGUGAAACUCAUGUAAUCAGUUUGAUAAGCAAAGUUAUCUUACAUAAAUAUAGAUUCAAAGGACGUCCCAAGCAUGUAAAAUUUUCCCCAAAUGGAAAAUACUUUGUUGUUUGUAAGGGAGGUGGUGUUUUUAUUUUCAACGCACCUGGCUUGCAAACAGGUGAUUAUAAUCCUUUUGUUAUGGAACAUGCGUUUCACGGAGCUACUGCUGAAACAACAUGUGUCACUUGGUCGUUUGAUUCAAACCUGUUAGCUGUCGGUUCAAAAGAUACCAUUGUAAGGAUAUACAGUUUACGGAGAUGGGCAAAUUUCAGGUGGAUUACAUUGGGCGGUCAUUCCGAUGUAAUUGUGGAAUGCUUUUUUGAAAAGAACAAUUAUAACUUGUAUACUAUCAGCAAAAACGGUCGACUCUUAAUCUGGGAGUGCACAAUUGAACCUGACGAUUGGGUUGAGUGGAAACCGCCUGCGAAAAAAGCUAAAGACAGUGACAGCGAGGACGAUAUUGACGUAGAAAAAGCUGUAGAAAGAACAGAGAAGCAAAAAGCUCGUACAGAGGAUUUAUUAGAAUUAAACGAUUUGCAAGACGAUGAAAAAGACGAGACCGCAAAAGAAGAAAUCAAGACAGAAGUCAAAAUGCUGGCUUACAAGAAAUUAGCUACCCAUUACUUGGCGGACGAAGUACACAAGCAAAUGAAGGACGCGAAACUCACUGCAGCCGCUUAUCACCAAGAUACUCACAUAUUAGUUGUUGGAUUUAAUAAUGGUUCAUUUUAUUUGUACGAAAUGCCCCACGCCAAUUUGAUUCAUUCAUUAAGUAUCUCACGACAACGUAUUUCGACGAUCGCGAUGAAUUCAACUGGCGAUUGGAUAGCUCUGGGAUGUUCUCACGCGGGUCAGUUGCUGGUUUGGGAAUGGCAGAGCGAGACGUACGUCAUGAAACAGCAAGGCCACAGAAGCAACAUGAACAGUAUGGCGUACAGUCCCGACGGUCAGUACAUCAUAACCGGCGGCGACGACGGAAAGGUCAAGCUGUGGAACACCCUAAGUGGAUUCUGCACGGUCACAUUUGACGAUCACACCUCGGCAAUAUCCGACGUUCUGUUCAGUCAUAAUCGCAAAUUCGUCGCCGCUGCCUCGCUAGACGGUACAGUCCGAGCGUUCGAUCUGACGAGAUACAGAAAUUUUCGAACUCUCACGUCGCCACGUCCGGUUCAAUUUUCUUGCUUAGCGCUCGACGCGAGCGACGAGUUUCUCGCGGCAGGUGGUCAAGAUUUCUUCGAGAUAUAUUUGUGGAGCAUGAAACUCGGAUCUCUUUUAGAGAUAUUGAGUGGUCACGAGGGACCCAUUUCAAGUUUGGCGUUCAAUCCAAAUCUUGCCAGUACAGAAUUGGCGUCCGUAUCCUGGGACAAAACAUUGAAAAUAUGGAAUGCCAUUGAGCACGGCUCUGCGCACGAAACUAUACAAUUGGCCGCUGACGCGUUGUGCGUAACUUACAAACCGAAUGGAGAAGAAGUUGCUGUCGCUACGUUGGAUGGACAGAUUACGUUCUUCGAAUGUAAAACAGCUAGACAAAUAGGUUUUAUCGAAGGUAGAAAUGAUUUAGGCGCUGGUAGAUCCAGAACGGAUCUCAUUACAGCGAAAAAGAAUUUGCAGGGCAAAGCGUUUACCACCUUGUGUUACUCGGCUGAUGGUACGUGCAUAUUGGCCGGUGGUCAUUCGAAAAACGUGUGUAUUUAUAAUGUUCAGGAAUCUGUAUUGCUGAAGAAAUACGAGAUCACUCAGAACAGAUCACUGGACGGUGUGGACGAUGUGAUAAACAGAAGAUACAUGACCGAAUUUGGGAACAAAGCUUUAAUUGAGCAUCGUGAAGGCGGGACCAACAUAUCGUUACGGUUGCCGGGUGUUAAAAGCGGUGAUAUGGCAAGCAGGAGAAUCAGACCGGAAGUGAGAGUGUAUUCUUUACAAUUCUCACCUACAGGACAAGCGUGGGGUGCGGUGACAACGGAAGGUUUGUUGAUAUAUUCCUUGGACAUCGGAUUGAUGUUCGAUCCUUUCCAGUUGGAGCUUGGUGUCACCGCGGGCACUGUAAAAGAAACACUUCGCAAGCAAGAUUAUGCAGCGGCGCUAAUGAUGGCGCUCAAAUUAAACGAAAAGUUAGUAACCCAACAAGUGAUAGAGGGUAUUCCGUACACAGAGAUUGAAUUAACGGUUACAAGUAUAUCGGAUAUCUACAUUGAGAAGUUACUGAAAUUUAUCGCGUCCGAACUGGAAUCGACCAGACACAUACAUUUUUAUCUUCUGUGGAUAGAAAUAAUUCUGACAAAAUACGGAUCGCGAGUGAACACCGCACUCCAGAUGCCGAUGUUAUUGAUGCUGCAUAAGAAUAUGCAGAAGAAAUACGAUGAUUUGAGUAGAAUAUGUGAUUUUAACCAAUACACGAUGAAUUAUAUAUUAAACAUAGGAGCAUUUAAAUCGAAGAAUGCAUCCGAACUGCAAUCCGAGGAUGCAAUAGACAUUUCUGACUUUUCCAUGAGAGAAAUAGAAGAUACUUAGGUUUUAUUUCAAUUUUGUAGAUUGAAAACUUUUCGAUAAUAUGUGUAAAAAAAAUCAUGUAUAGAAAUGCAUCAACAAAUGUUGAAAGAAAAUUUAUAUAUA